ACAGUCAACCACAUGGCACCAGCCUGGAGCUGUCUUAUAAGGAGAAGACGACCCAUAACAGUCAACCACAUGGCACCAGCCUAGAGCUGUCUUAUAAGGAGAAGACGAGGAAGGAGAUUCUCUGCAUAGUGUUAACCUGAAUCAACUGAAAAUGGAGGAAGGAGAUUCUCUGCAUAGCGUUAACCUGAAUCAACUCAAAAUGGAGGAAGGAGAUUCUCUGCAUAGCGUUAACCUGAAUCAACUCAAAAUGGAGGAAGGAGAUUCUCUGCAUAGCGUUAACCUGAAUCAACUCAAAAUGGAGGAAGGAGAUUCUCUGCAUAGCGUUAACCUGAAUCGACUCAAAAUGGAGGAAGGAGAUUCUCUGCAUAGCGUUAACCUGAAUCGACUCAAAAUGGAGGAAGGAGAUUCUCUGCAUAGCGUUAACCUGAAUCAACUCAAAAUGGAGGAAGGAGAUUCUCUGCAUAGCGUUAACCUGAAUCAACUCAAAAUGGAGGAAGGAGAUUCUCUGCAUAGCGUUAACCUGAAUCAACUCAAAAUGGAGGAAGGAGAUUCUCUGCAUAGUGUUAACCUGAAUCAACUCAAAAUGUCCGCUGCUGUUUCUUUACCCAUCUUGAGACUCCACAGACUGACAAAGGAUCAAUUGUCUCUCUGUGCUCCUAGACUUAAUCAGAACAACCAGAAGAAAAACUCCACCACCAGCAGAGGAAAGAAACAAUCCACAGGAAAAGGAAACGACUCUGCUGACAGCAAAAGUGUUUCUAGUCAGGAAUCACUAGUGCCUAGACAUCAGCACUGCCCGAAGGGAAGCAAAAAUAAACCCAAGAUAAUUCUCAAACUCUCCAGCACCAUCUUGAGGCCUGACGCAGCAAAACAAGAGGUGAAACAAGAGAUGGACGAGCUGCCUAUCGAAAUGAGAAGUGAUGAACACUGGUUGAACUCUGUGAAGCCAGAGAGCUACGACCCAGAGAUGGGUAACACCAGGGGACCUACAGAGAGCGACCCCAGGACAGAUGCACAUCACUUGGGUAUCAAGAUGAAGGAUGUCCCCCUGUACCACCAGGAGGAUGGGAGGCAGCUGCAGUCGUCUACUGUUCAGCCAUUCAAUCUGGCUGCGUUACGAUCUGACCUGGAAUGUUGGCCUCAUAACCAGAAGGUCCCCAGGUUCCCGUGUCCGGACUGCGGCCAGAAGUUCUUCUCCAAAAUUCAGUUUAAGUUACAUUCCCGGAGCCACACACAGUACCGGCCGUACUCCUGUGAGGUGUGCCAUAAAACGUUCUCCCGGAAAGGCAGUCUAGACGAGCACCGACCAAUCCACGAGGUGGAGCGCCCCUUCGCCUGCCUCCAAUGCGGCAGAACCUUCACGUUCAAAUCCAACCUGACCCGCCACAUGCGGUUCCACAGCGACGCGCGGCCCUACGUCUGCCCGCAGUGUGGCCAAAGCUUCAAAAUCUCCGACCACCUGAAGAGCCACAUGACGGCCCACAGCGGAAAUAAACCGUACGUAUGCCCGGAGUGCAGCCAGAGUUUUGUCCGUUACAUUAGUCUGAAGUAUCACCGGCUGAGCCACACCGGCGAGCGCCCGCUGUCCUGCCCAGAGUGUCCCAUGACCUUUGCUCGGCCGCACACCCUUAUGAUCCACCGGCGACAACACAGCAGGAAAACACUGUUCUCUUGCCAGGACUGUGGGAAGCAGUUCAAACAGGGGUACCAAUUGAAAGACCACGUUACAAUCAAACACACAGGGGAGAAACCAUACAAAUGCUCCGAGUGUGACAAGUGCUUCAUCACCCCGGCGUCUCGUAAAGUGCACAUGGUUGUCCACACAGGAGAGAAGCCGUACAAAUGCACAGAGUGCUGUAGGAGAUACAGUCAGAGUGGGCAUCUAGCGCAGCACAUGAGGAGACACACAGGGGAGAAACCAUACAAAUGCUCCGAGUGCGACAAGUGCUUCAUCACUUCGGCGUCCCGUAAAGUACACAUGGUUGUCCACACAGGAGAGAAGCCGUACAAAUGCACGGAGUGCUGUAGGAGCUACAGUCAGAGUGGGUCCCUGAAGAGGCACAGGUGUGAGCAGCAAACCAGGUGAGAGGAACCUCGGGGCUACGCCCCAAAUGGCACCCUAUUCUCUAAAUUGUGCACUAGGGCCCAUAGGAUUCUGGUCAAAUGUAGAGCACUGAAUAGGGUGCCAUUUGGCACACAGCCCCAGUGUUCUGAGUGUAGGAACUGGAGAGAACUGGAGAGUGGGUCCUUAAAGCAGUACAGCUGUAAGCAGCCACGUAGGUGAGAGGCUUCUCAGGUGACUAUGGGAACAGGACUAUACAGACACCGAGCUGCGUUCCCUAUUCCCUAAUAUAGUGCACUACUUUAUGACCAAAUAAACCUACAGCUCUGAUCAAAAGUAGUGUCUUUCCCCGUGUUACCGUUUCCCACUCCCCGUGUUACCGUUUCCCACUCCCCGUGUUACCGUUUCCCCCGCCCCGUGUUACCGUUUCCCACUCCCCGUGUUACCGUUUCCCACUCCCCGUGUUACCGUUUCCCCCGCCCCGUGUUACCGUUUCCCACGCCCCGUGUUACCGUUUCCCACUCCCCGUGUUACCGUUUCCCCCGCCCUGUGUUACCGUUUCCCCAUCCCCGUGUUACCGUUUCCCCAUCCCCGUGUUACCGUUUCCCCAUCCCCGUGUUACCGUUUCCCCAUCCCCGUGUUACCGUUUCCCCAUCCCCGUGUUACCGUUUCCCCAUCCCCGUGUUACCGUUUCCCCAUCCCCGUGUUACCGUUUCCCCAUCCCCAUGUUACCGUUUCCCCCGCCCCUUGUUACCGUUUCCCCCGCCCCGUGUUACCGUUUCCCCCGCCCCGUGUUACCGUUUACCCCUCACCCGUGUUACCGUUUCCCCUUCCCCGUGUUACCGUUUCCCUUCCUCUCUUUGCAGAACAAAAAUGUAGUGCACUAUACAGGAAAUAGGAUGCCAUUUCAAACACACCCCUCGGUUUUGUAAAAGCUGCCAAGCAUUCAUUGUUCCUCUGAAGUGUUCCUAAAAGAGAAUCCACUUGUCCCUUAUUUGUAACACUUCCACUUGAUAUUGUUGUGUUGUGACGAAAAGCCCACUCGUCUUAGAGCCUGCAUUCUGUGAGUCUCCCUAUAAAUUAGAGGACUUACUAAACAUAAAUGAGAUCAAGUUCUCCAAGGCGAGGCCACGCCCGUUGGACGAUUGAUCUAAUCUCCUUGGAAACCAAAAGACCGACCAAGGAAGCCGUAUCCUACUCAGACAGAAGAUUUUCCAGAAAGGACACUGCGGAGCGUGCUGUGAGUUCGCAAUACAUACUGCGGGGUCAGAGAAAUAAUUACAUUAACUCUAAUAGACUUUAGGUCUACUUUCCUGGACUGAUAAUACACUGAACAAAAAUAUAAAUGCAACAUGUAAUGUUUCAUGAGCUGAAAUAAAAGAUCCUAAUCAUUUUUCAUAUGCACAGAAAGCUUAUUUCUCUCAAAUGUUGUGCAGAAAUGUGUUACAUCCCUGUUUAGUGAGCAUUUCUCCUUUGCCAAGAUAAUCCAUCCACCUGACAGAUGUGGCCUAUCAAGAAGCUGAUGAAACAGCAUGAUCAUUACACAGGUGCACCUUGUACUGGGGACAAUAAAAGGCCACUCUAAAAUGUGCACUUUUGUCCCACAACACAGAUGUCCCAAGUUGAGGGCUUGUGCAAUCGACAUGCUGACUGCAGGAAUGUCCAUCACAGCUGUUGCCAAAUCAUUUUAUGUUAAUUUCACUACCAUAAGCCGCCUCCAACGUCGUUUUAGAGAAUUCUACUGUACACGCAACCAGCCUCACAACCGCAGACCACGUGUAUGGCAUCAUGUGGGUGAGCGGUUUGCUGAUGUCAACGUUGUGAACAGAGUGCCCCGUGGUGGCGGUAGGGUUAUGAUAUGGGCAGGCAAGCUAUGGACAACGAACACACUUGCAUUUAUCUUAAUGCACAGAUAUACCGUGAUGAGAUCCUGACGCCCAUUGUCAUUCCAUUCAUCUGUCACCAUCACCUCCUGUUUCAGCAUGUUAAUGCACAGCCUUAUGUCGCAAGGAUCUGUACACAAUUCCUGGAAGCUGAACAUUUCCCAGUUCUUCCAUAGCCUGCAUACUCACCAGACAUGUCACCCAUUUAGCAUGUUUGGGAUGCUCUGGAUCGACGUGUCCGACAGCAUGUUUCAGUUUCCGCCAAUAUCCAACAACUUCGCACAGCCAUUGAAGAGGAGUGGGACAACAUUCCACAGGCCACAAUCAAUAGCCUGAUCAACUCUAUGUGAAGGAGAUGUGUCACACUGCGGGAGGCAAAUGGUGGUCACACCAGAUACUGUUUCUCAUCCAUCCAGGCCCCUACCUUUUUUUUUAAAGGUAUCUCUAUUCCCAGUCAUGUGAAAUCCAUAGAAUAGGAAUAAUGUAACAGGGAAAUUCAUUGUAUGUCGAUGUUGCCUCUCAGUGAGAUUCCGUCAGGAUGGGAUAAGUGCUUGGAGGAUGGUGGUCUCUCCCUCUCGUGGAGCUGAGGCCAGGGGGCCAGAAAUAACUCACAGCCAAAGGAGUGAUACCCACAUCUUCCUCUCUUGGUUAUUUUACUGAACAAAAAUAUAAACGCAACAUGCAACAAUUUCAAAUAUUUUACUGAGUUACAAUUCAUAUAAGGAAAUCAGUCAAUUUAAAUAAAUUAAUUGGGCCCUAAUCUAUGAAAGUGGCGUUGUGUGUGUGAGACGGCAGGUCUAAUUUACCAACCCAUGAUCCAUACUGUCUCUGCAUUGUCCACAUUCAGAUGUGAUCUGAUAGCCUGGUCUCACUGGCGAUUUCUGGGUGGCAAAACUAUCAUUUCACGGUUGUGAAGGCAUGUGUUGGUGGAGCCUCUCAUAUUUCCCUCUCAGUUGAUGAGACCAUCUCAUCCUCAAAAGUCUUGUACUGUUGGAUUUGCUGAGUUGGGUACGGUGGUUAAUUCAUGGAGAUUGUCCCCUAGACAACUGCGCUGUAUCUUGUAUACCCUGCCUCCUAUAUCGUAUCUGUUAACUAUUGAAUUUUCCAACUUAUUUAGUCUAGUAAAUAAAACCUUGUAAAUAAAACCUUGAAUGAA